UGUUAUGUUUGAUGUGGCAGAAUUAUUAGGUCGCAGUUGAAUUAAAGUAAAGUUUUAUACAUAUUCAUAUCAGUGAACGUGGUGGAUUUCGAUUUUAUAGAGAUGCAGUCAAAACGGCCUUGUCAUUGCUGCGCGUCCACGAUGUGCUGCGGGAUGCCGAUUGAAAAAGGAUGCUUUAUAUUUUCGAUUGUUAAUAUUAUUAUAUGUAGUUUGGGUUCACUCGCCAGCCUGGGUUCCCUGAUCUUGAUCCUGUUCCUGUGGUGUAACCUCAUGGUCCUGAGCGAUGUGGUGGUAGACUGGACGUAUAUAGGCAUAAGUGUGGCUGGCUGCUUUGGCUCUGCGAUUGCACUUACUUUCGCCGUUGCACUCUGCAAUGGUUUACGUAAGAAUAACAAACGCUACAUAAUGGCGUACCUGAUUUACGGAAUGGUCUCAGUCACCCUAGGCGCCAUAGGAACUGUGGUUUUCAUCUGGCUGGUGUGGGGCCAACUGUACAUUGUAUUAUACGCAAUGAUCCCCCUUGGUGUUUGCGUUAUAUAUUCGGUGAUGCUGCUGCUAGUGUACCGGACAUACGUGGUGCUUUCCGAACGCGCCCCCGUCACGGGACACUCGAGAUUGCUCAAUACGGAUGAAUUUUGAAAACACUGCGCCAUAUUGUAAACGCCUAAUGGCGAUAUUCAUGAUAUUAUAAUUGAUUUCAUCCAUUUAUAUUUCCGAAAUGUACAUAUGUAAAUCGCGCUACAAGCCUCAAUUAGCCUCCUAAGCAGGGCUCGGAACCGGUAUUUUUUUUAAACCCCGAAAUAGCCCAAUAUUUAGAAUUUUUUUAUGCUCAUUACGUAGGACUGAAUCAUGUAUUUAGACAAUUUUGCAUUAUUAAAACGUCCCAUUAAAAAUGAAAUUAUAAACAAAAGAACGAAAAAGAACGUUAUAAUACCGGUAUUUUUGUAUGGAGCAAAUACCGGUUUCCGACCCCUGCUCCUAAGACCCCGCGUACAAAUUUUUAAUAUUCCAAAAUCUAUUUUAAACUUUUGUUGAGUAACUAAGGGUUCCAAAUUCAAAAACAAAACAAAUGCUUCUGGGUCUCAGGUUAGAGUUAGACCAAGAUAAGUCUGCAACGAUUUUGAUAGCACACGUUUUUUUUUCUAUGACAUUAUGACGUAUAAAUAACACUGCUGAGUGUGCUAUCAAAAUCGUUGCAGCCUUUACUUGGUCUAGCUAUUAAUCAUUUGUCUGAUUAAAUUUAUCAUUUUGAUUAUGUAUUUGUAAUAGAAAGCCAAAAAAAAGGCCGAAGAAAGGCCAGGUCAAGAGCACCCUAAACCGGCGAGCGUGUAUGAGGAAUGUUAUGAAAGUGAAGCAAGCGAAAGAGUUGUCAGGAUCGUAGCAAAUGGAAAUCCGUGGUCUGCCUACCCCUCCGGGAAAUAGGCGUGAUUAUAUGUAUGUAUGUAUGUAUGUAUGUAUUUGUAAUAGAGGGAUAAAGCAUACAUUAACUAAUUGAGAAGUGUAAAGUUAUAUGAAUAAGGGGGUAAAAAUACUAAUGAGAAGCCUGGCCAAAUAUAACAUCUCUGUAUACAUAAAGAUUAUA